CGAAGGUUCGCGCGUCCUUCAUGGGUAGUCCGAUCAGGACCGUCUGUUUUUAUCUCGUAUUUGCUUCCCGCUUAGAAGUGUAAAACUAGUAUGCCAGUUUCGUGUUGCAGAUGUCAGUCAAAGGGUUAUAUUAAACGCCCGAAAACCAGUGAUAUUAUGUGUAAAGAAUGUUUUUCUUGGUGUUUCGAAGAAGAAAUACAUUGGACAAUUGUAAAUGCCAAGCUUAUUAGUCGUGGUGAUAAAAUUGCUAUUGGUGCCUCUGGUGGUAAAGAUUCUACCGUAUUAGCUUACAUACUAAACUUGUUAAAUAAAAGAUAUGAUUAUGGAGCGGAAUUGCUUCUUUUAUCUAUUGAUGAAGGUAUAAGUGGAUAUAGAGAUGACUCAUUAAUGACUGUUCAGCGAAAUCAGAUCCAAUAUGGACUUCCGUUAAAAAUUCUUUCUUAUCAGGAUUUGUACGGAUGGUCAAUGGAUGAUAUUGUGAAGCAUAUUGGGAAUAAACGAAAUUGUACUUACUGUGGGAUAUUUCGCCGCCAGGCUUUGGACAAAGGUGCACUACUUCUUGGAGCUAACAAAAUAUGUACUGGUCAUAACGCUGAUGAUAUUGCAGAGACAGUGUUAAUGAAUAUUCUACGAGGUGAUAUUGGUCGAUUAAAACGAUGUACAGCUAUAAUGACAGUAAGUAAUGGAAAAACUAGGAGUUUUCAAGUUAAUUUUACUCAUACAAAUAUAUUUAGGGUACAGAUGAUAUACUUCCUCGUUUUAAACCUUUUAAAUAUGCUUACGAAAAGGAGAUUGUCAUGUAUGCACAUAUGCAUAAAUUGGAUUAUUUUUCAACUGAAUGUAAAUACGCACCACAAGCUUAUCGAGGGCAUGUAAGAGCGUUUAUCAAGGAUUUGGAGAGAAUACGACCUAGGACUAUCAUAGAUAUUAUAGCAUCCGGUGAACGUAUGGCUAUUCGAAGUGAUGUAAAGAUGCCUCAGAAAAGUACUUGUGAAAAGUGUGGAUGCAUUUCAAGUCAGCUUAUAUGUCAGGCAUGCAUUCUCCUAGAACAGCUUAAUUCCGGUUUACCACAGAUAACCAUAAAAGAUACCGAACAGCAUUCUCAAAUUGACUAGUCGGGCGAUACCAAUUUUUCUAAAAAUUUUAUAUUAUAUAUCAGAUAUUGUAAAUAUAUUCCUACUUGGAUAGUGGUUCUUAUAAGUGGAAAUUCUUACUUUAAGAGUGUCAAAUUGGUGUUGUAUGUUUUGAAUUUUUCAUGUAUAAAGUAAUGGAAG